UGUUGUGUUGUCAACAAACAUGGAAGCCAACAUUGCAAGCAGAAUACCUAUUCUUUUACUUUGUGCUUUAUUGUGUCUUCUUUUGGAACCGAUUCAUGCCAGGUCAUUCACGAUUGACUAUGAAAACGAUUGCUUUCUGAAGGAUGGAAAGCCGUUUCGUUACAUAUCUGCCGGUAUGCACUAUUUUCGAGUGCCGCGAAUGUAUUGGAAGGACAGAUUGCUAAAAAUUAAAGCUGCAGGUGUAAAUGCCGUCCAAACAUAUAUUGCUUGGAAUAUUCACGAGCCAGAACAAGGGACGUACAACUUUGAUGGUGAUGCUGAUCUUUUAAGCUACAUUAAGUUGAUACAAGAGACUGGGUUGUUGCUCAUUUUGCGACCAGGUCCAUAUAUAUGCGCUGAAUGGGAUUUUGGCGGUUUUCCACCAUGGUUGUUAAAAAAUGCCUCCAUUAUUUUGCGUUCCUCCAAAGAUCCAGUGUACACCUCUGCAGUAGCGUCCUGGUUUAAAGUCCUUUUACCAAUGUUACGACCUUAUUUAUACUCCAAUGGUGGACCAAUCAUUUCAGCACAGGUAGAGAAUGAAUAUGGCAGUUACUUCACUUGUGACCAAAAAUAUCUGGAGUAUUUAAAGAAUUUGUUGGAAGAAUAUCUCGGGAAAGAUGUAAUUUUGUUUACAACCGACGGAGACAGCGAAAGUCUUUUAAAAUGUGGCACAUUGCCUAGUCUAUUCAGUACAGUGGAUUUUGGACCAGGAUCAGAUCCAGCAAAGGCAUUUGCCGUGCAAAGAAAAUAUCAAGCGCACGGCCCGUUAGUGAAUUCAGAGUAUUACACAGGUUGGCUGGAUCGAUGGGAUAUCAAGCAUCAAACCACGGACCCUACUGUUGUUGCUAAUGCUCUGGACAAAAUCUUAUCCAUGAAUGCUUCCGUAAACAUGUACAUGUUUGAAGGAGGGACGAAUUUUGGAUAUAUGAGUGGCGCAACAUUUGGUAGCAAUAUUUACCAUCCAUGUACCACCAGUUAUGAUUACGAUGCACCUUUGUCUGAAGCCGGAGAUCCAAAUAUUAGCAAUAAGAAAUACGACGCUAUCAAGACAGUUGUCAACAAAUACCUGCCCGAUCCAGGAAUUCCCAUUCCUCCACCGACUCUUAAGUAUGCUUAUGGCAAAAUAACUAUGGAGAUUGUUCCAACAUGGUCAUUUAAAACACAGCAGAUGUCAAAGUACCCUCUCACCAUGGAGCAAAUGGACAUGUAUUAUGGCUUUGCUAUUUAUAAGACCACCAUUCAUAAAACACCGUCGCUAAAAGGUCCACAAGCAAGCAAACUUAGUAUGCCCGGUGUACGCGACAGAGCAAUUGUCUUCGUUUGUCAGAGUAGACAAGGUGUCAUUCAACGUAACGACGAAGAAAAAAGCCUGAACAUUGAAGUUGACAAAGAUUGCCCCCUUGAAAUUAUGGUAGAAAACCAGGGGCGUAUUAACUACGGUCAUAUGAAUGAUCCUAAGGGACUUGUGAGUAAUGUUACCCUUGAUGGUGUUGUUCUGAUGAAUUGGACAGUCAUGCAUAUUGAUGCACCACCUGAAGUCUUGACAGACAUGCCAAGUGACGCACUUUGGAGAAACGACGAGGUGAAAGUCCCUGCUUUCUACAAAGGAACUGUUCCUCCUAUACCCAAAGGAGUAGCGCAUCAGGACACAUAUUUGUUGUUGAAAGGUUGGACUAAGGGUCAAGCUUUUCUAAACAACUUCAACUUGGGUCGUUACUGGCCAGUCGAAGGUCCGCAAAUCACAUUGUAUGUUCCGGCAAGUGCUUUUAUAGACGAUUCAGAAAAUGUCCUGACAAUAUUUGAAUUAGAUCAUUCACCUUGUGACCGGCCUGAAAACUGUCUUGUAGAGAUGGUGAAAACUCCGAUUCUGAAUGGAACUGUACAUGUUGAAUACUAAUAAUAAUUGGCCGCGCGCUGAUCUAAGAAAAAAAUGACCAAACAUAGAUUUGCCUUCAAUUUUCAUAAUAUCUCAUCGAUCACUGAUGAUAUUAUUUCAGCGAUAAUAUUACUAAUCAAGUAUUGAUUCUAUAUAUAAUAGUUACAACCUUUCCAAGGUUUAGAAUUGAGAUCAGGGGCAAUUUAGCACUUACGGACAAUUUAGCACUUAGGUUAAUUACAAUUACCAUAAAUUUAUUACGUUCAAUUUCAUAGUUCAAUUUU